AUGGGAGCAGAAACUGAAGCGAAGGAAAAUCACGAAAAAGAGACGCCAAGAGCUUCUCAAACAACUCCUCUCACACAAGACCAGUUCCUCUCAUGGAAGCGACACAAGGACGCAGCUGCAUCAGCCAGAAAAGCUGAAGCCUCCAGGAAGCGGGCAGAGGAUAUUGCUGCUGGAACCGUCCAAAUGAACGGCCGGGAGCUGUUUCUGCAUGAACCAUGGGUGUUUGAUGACUCACGUUUUUGA